AUGAGUACUGCUGCUGAAAAAAUAAGUGAUCUCUUCAAUGUUUCAUUAAAUGAACUUGAAACGAACAUUGUUGCAAGCGCUGUCAAAUUCAAUUCAUAACCUUAGCGUUUGCUUGAUGUAUAAAUUUCUAACAAAUUUCUUAGGAAUUAUAAUAAUCAGUGAUGGAUUUCAAGUCUAAAUUUUAUGAAUCUUUGCAUAACUUAUUACAAUUUAUUGCUUAAGUUAAUAAUGGCAAAGACAUAUUAAAAAUAGCCCAAUAAGUUGAAACUCACAUAACAAAAUUCAAAUAAUAAUAACUUCUUGUAUAGAUGAAAGUAGUACUAAAUAGCAAAUUAAAAGCAUUAUUGGAAACAUUUGGUGGAGAAAAUUAACAAAAAUUUGAAGUAAUCGUUUUUCUUAAUUAUAGGUAUAAAAUUAAAUUAAGCAUCUUAAAGAUUCAUUAUUAAAGAUUGAAACAACUCUAAUGGAAUAAUAAUAACUUACAUCUACACCAUAAUAACAUUUUAUAACACCAUAUCCAAAAAAAAAUUUUAUUACAGCUUCAUCAUAAGAUAUCUUAACUCCUAAUUUGAGUGAUGAAGCAGAAAUGAGAGGAAGAGGUUUCUUUAUAACUCCUGAAAAUAGAUAAUAAUAACCUAGAUAAUUUGAUCAUUCAUAAUAAUAAUAUUCAUCAAAUGAAAGUUAUUCUGUUUAAUAAAAUAAGACAUUAAAUUCUUUCGACAAAGAAAAAUCAGAAGAUAAAACAGAUCUUUAAAGCCCAUUUUUUGGCUUAUAAUAAGAUCAUCACUAAUAACCAAAAAUAUUUUAAAAUGAAAUUAUGAAUGAUUAUUUGUAAAGAGUUCCUUUAGAUUAAGGAUCAUAAGAAUCUCAAUUAUUAGAUGAAAAUAAUUAAAACUAUCAUCUAGAAUAAAUUAAUAAAAUAAAUUAACAAUAAUAGCAGUAAUAAUAAUAAUUGUAAUAGUAAUAAUAAUCAUAAUAAUCAUAAUAAUAAUAAUAAUAAUAAUAAUAAUAAUAAUAAUAAUAAUAAUAAUAAUAAUAGUAAUAAUAAUUAUAAUAAUAAUCCAAUAAAAACUUAAACAAAUAAGGAUAAACUUAAAAAUAAUAAACUUAAUGGCAAAAUUUGCAACUUUAAUAAACUUUCUAACAUAUAGAUUCGUUAUAAACAACAAGAACUGAAUAAUUUGAAACUUAAGCAAGAGUAUCAACACCUAAAGAAAAUCAAGUCUAAACUCGAAAUUAAUCAGUUGAACCAAAUAUUAGAGAGAUCUCGUAAUCACCUAAUGGAAAAAGACUGAUCUAAACUUCUAAAUCAAAGGAACCAUUUUCUAGAUGUAGAUCAUCAUUAGAAACAACAAAUUUACUCCAUAAAUUAAAUUCUGUUGAGGCCUCCAAGCCUACUAAUAAAUUAAAUAAAUCAAAAUCCAAUAAAGAAAAUUAAUCUUAACCUAUUGUAAAAUGUUCAAAACCUACUAAACCUUAAAUUACAGUUUCCAAACAAAAAAAUUAAAUCGUUACUAAACCUCAGUCAUAGAUAAAUUUAGUUAAAAAACAAAAGUCCAAUUGA